AUGUUGGAUAUUUUGAUCGAGAACGGUUCAUUUGAAUUACAUGAAUUAAGCGAAAACGUAUCGAAUAAAUUACCACAAAUUGGAAGAACAAUAGAUUACUCACAAAUUAGCGAAAUGGAUGGAAUUAACGAAGAAGAGGAGAGUGAUAUCGAGUUGACUGCUGAUGAACUGACAAUAUCUGAUGAAGAUGAAAAUGAAGAAUUGAAUGAUGAUGAUGAAAAAGAUAAUGACAACGAUGAUAAUCAGAAUCUGCCACUAACAACAGUUAGGAUAGCGUUCAGUGGAAUGAGAAUUCAUGAUGAAAUCAAUGCGGCUAAUAAACAAGCUUGUUUUUCGGUAAAAGUUAACAACAGCGUAAAAUAUAUGCACAAACAAACUGCAUGCUGGUAUUUGAUGGCUAGUAAAAACCGUUUAUCAUCUGACAGACUUCUACGAGUUCAGCAAAAGCAACGUUGAUUUAAAAUAACUAUUUUGAGAUGAAUUUUUAUCAAGUUUUACCAAGUUGACUUUUACACACUUAAACACAAUAAAUGCUUUUCUUCUGAUCUAAAAAUACUCACUAUAGAAAAUCGUGAUAAGCUGCAUAAAAAGGAAUAGUCAGCAGUACGUACCUACUUGAACAGGAAGUUCCUUCUAUGGCAUGAACGAUCCUGAGAUUUCUAGACUGAAGAAUCAGCGGGAUCCCUUUUAAAUUCGGUAGUUGCUUGUCUUUGCUGGUAUGGGAGGUAUGUAUACUACACCAAAUAAUCACAGAAAGUGAAAUUAUGAACUCAAAAAAUAUUUGUUUCGCCCUACUUAUCUAUUUAACGCUCCCUCCUCCCUCAGAAAUGGUGAUUUUCGGUCAAAACGUCGGUUUUCAGAUAAGCACAUGGGAAGAUAGCCUGCAGUGUCCACUUUCAGAAUCUGUUUUGCUACAAAAGUGGUUUUUCGCGGAUGUUCAGUAAGUUUUCUAGGGGCCUCGAAAAGCCGAGUGAACGUUUCUGUUAAAAAUAAGACCUCGCACAACUCUGUAUGACCUUGCAUCAAAACGUUACAAGCAUUUUCCUAGAAGUUCUAAAAUUAAGUAUUUCAUACAGCGUUUUCUCAAUAUAAGAGUUACACCUGAAGUAUUUCCCAAGAUUUUUUAUAGCAGUUUGUCAUAGAGAGUUUACUCUUUUUUUGUUUAAUAGAGGAAAAGUAAUUACAGUACUUGUCAAAAGUACCGCGGGGGGGGGGGGGGGGGGGGGGGGGCGGGGGGGGGGGGGGGGGGGGGGGGGGGGGGGGGGGGGGGGGGGGGGGGGGGGGGGGGGGGGGGGGG